AUGGCCGACCUUCCUGAACCGCCAUUAAUCCCCAAGUUCCACUUGCCCGGGUCUGCAGCACCCUUAGGGGCUGUACUUAAUUCCAAGAAUCAUAUCGAAUUUAGAGAGGUUGAAGUAGAGGGCGCAAUUAAUAUUCUUGAUGCUUAUGACACAGAAUUGCGAAGACUCGACGCGACGCCAUUAUUACAAGUUACGCCAACACCACUGCAAGCAUACCCGGUCGAUGCGCCAAUCCUCAACCCGGUGUUUUUCGCAGCAGACUUGGAAGCUGGAGUGUAUGAUACCUCCAAGCCUACUUGCGCUCUCAACUUGAUAUGCUAUCGUGCUCGUUCCGGUGGCUGCGAAAUACGCCAAGUUCAGGUUGUCAAGCGAGAUCGCUUCGAGGAUGAAGAAUCAUUUGAGCAAUCAAUCAGAGAUAAUGCCAAACUUAUACAAAGCGACCAAGAGUUCUUUUCGCAGCUUCGUCGCGUUUAUCUCAAGGACAUGUGCGGGUUUUGGAGACGUACUUUUGCUCUUAAAACCUUGACUGGUAUAGGACUAUUGGUGUAUACGCCAACAACUCACGCCAGGCCUCUUCCACUCCCAGCCAUCACUCUCCAAGAAAUUCUCUAUGCGUAUCUCAACCCUUCCGCAAUUGGCUCCGGAGAUCUUUGGAUAGAAUGGGUAUUCCAACUGCGUCAAAAGGAUCGCCGACAUGCUCUAGAAUUUAUUGAAGGCUGGAAUGCUUUCAGGAUAUGUGUAGCCGGUAUCCUACCACUAGCAAUCAGUACUUUACUCGGAAUUAUAUGGAGUAUGGCGACGAAGGAUGUCCAAACGGCUUUUACCGUUGCAGGCUUUGUGUUGACUGGGGGAACUUUGAUUUUAGCGUUGUUGGCGGUAGUCAGUGGAAUUGAUGCAUCUGGGAGGACGAAUACUUAG